AUGACUUACCAAUUCCAUCCACCUACCAACUCUGCCCUGCGGGACAAGGUUGUGGUACUCACAGGAGGUGCCGCCGGCAUUGGGGCAGCAGCAGUGCGUCUGCUCCAUGAAGCCGGAGCACAUGUUUUCUUCGGCGAUGUCUUAGAUGAUGCUGGGAGAGCGCUCGAGCAAGAACUUACCUAUGGAGCCACUGUGAAGUUCGUCCAUUGUGAUGUGACCUCAUACAGAGACAACUUGGCUCUGUUUGACAUAGCCUUCAACUCUUUCGGUCGUAUCGAUCACGCCUGGGCGAAUGCAGGCAUAGUCGAGCAAGGCAAUAUCUUCGACCCAAAGCUUUCUCUCGAGGGUGUCAAAGAGGAGCCCAGCAAGAGCUUAAGUGUCGUCGAUGUCAACUUGAAAGGGCCGAUCUACUUUGCUCGCAUAGCAGCGGUCUAUCUCCGACAAGGCAGCCAGCAAAGCGACAGAAGCUUGACACUGACGUCGAGUGUUGGCGGCUUCCGAGAGGACCCGGGUCUGUGGGUAUAUGUGCCAGCGAAACAUGGCGUUCUCGGUUUGAUGAGGAUGUUGCAAGAUCCUCUGAGCAAGGCAUCGCCAAAGAUCCGUACCAACGCGAUCUGUCCUUGGGCUACCAAGACCCACAUGUUCGAGGGUAAUGAGGAACAAUGGACAGCAGCGGGGCUGCCAGCCAACAGCCCUGACGAUGUUGCCAGGAUCGUGGUGGGAGUUCUCGCAGACUCGAAGGUCAGUGGUGGCACGAUCUACAUUGAAGGCGGUCGUGCAUGGGACAUCGAAGCCGGCUUGCUCAAGACUCGUCCUCAGUGGCUCGGCGAGCGGCAGACUGCUGAUCUUGACGGAGGAACGCAGGUGCUGGGUGGUGGCGAGGGUUGGACUGCUGGCCAGAAAGACAGCCCUGUCAAAUCGAAGCUCUGA